AUGCUUAUAUUCGUGACAGGUGUCUCCCCAUUGGUCCAACUGCCGGAGCUUGCCCGAAACGGCUUGGCGCGAUUCAACCUCGACUUCAAGUUCAUCGACCUCCAACAACAUCUCAUGGUCUCGUCGUCUCGUCGUCUCAUCAUCCGCCCGCCGCGAUCAGAGAGCUCCGGCACCCUUUCGCAACCACCACCGCCGCCACUCCCCGCCAGCCUGCCUCUCGCACAACCGACACCGCUCGAGGCAUACUUGUGUGAAGCUCCUGGAGACCGCUUCGACCCGAACUUCCGCCCUCCUCAUUUGGGGUCUGCUGCGAGCCAGAGUACCUACCUACCUACCUCUCCUCUCCUCUCCUCUCCUCUUUUCUGUCUUGUCGAAUCGAGCCGUCGAAUCAGCCACACUAGCACCCUGGUAGCACUGCACUGCACGUUCGAGAAGGACAGAUCAGACCGCAGACUGCAGACCGAAACCAGCACAACUACAACUACAAGCACAAGAGCCGGCAUAGCUACCUACCAAGCAAUCAUGUUCCACCGACUCCCUCGCGUAGCGGUGCUCUCGCGGCUCUCGCAACCGCUUGUCCAGUCCUCCUCCUUUUCCGCCGCGACUCGCGCGCCCCUUUCAAUUAUUCGAUCACGCACCCCUCUCCGUCUGGCGAGUACGCAUUCAGCAACUCACGGCGCUGCGAAGCAUGACGACCACGGCCAUGGCGGACAUGAUGACCACUUCGAUCCUCCUGGUGGUUGGCUCUGGGGUGAGCGGCCGGGAGACAAAUAUGAGAAGGAAGGAUGGGAGCCGUUUGCGUAUUUCUUUGUGGCGGCCUGGGUGGUUGCCGUGGCUGCUUAUACCAUGAAAGAAGAUACUACGAUACAAACGUGGGCAUUGGAAGAAGCCAGACGACGACUCGAGAAAGAAGGGUUCUUCGAAGAAUCGAAAUAG